AGCCCACCGCUCGGGCCCCGAUGAGUAACUCCCGGAAUAACCGGGUGAUGGUGGAAGGGGUCGGGGCCCGGGUAGUCCGCGGCCCAGACUGGAAGUGGGGGAAGCAGGACGGCGGCGAGGGCCAUGUGGGUACGGUCCGGAGCUUCGAGAGCCCCGAGGAGGUGGUGGUGGUGUGGGACAACGGCACCGCCGCCAACUACCGCUGCUCUGGGGCCUACGAUCUGCGCAUCCUGGACAGCGCGCCCACGGGCAUUAAGCAUGAUGGCACCAUGUGUGAUACCUGCCGCCAGCAACCAAUCAUCGGCAUUCGAUGGAAGUGUGCAGAGUGUACAAAUUAUGAUUUGUGCACAGUUUGUUAUCAUGGAGAUAAACAUCAUUUAAGGCAUCGCUUCUAUAGAAUUACUACACCAGGAAGUGAGAGGGUUCUGUUAGAGUCUCGUAGAAAAUCUAAGAAGAUUACAGCCAGAGGGAUCUUUGCAGGUGCCAGAGUGGUACGAGGAGUAGACUGGCAAUGGGAAGAUCAGGAUGGAGGAAAUGGACGUAGGGGAAAGGUAACAGAAAUCCAAGACUGGAGUGCAUCAAGCCCACAUAGCGCAGCAUAUGUUCUCUGGGACAAUGGUGCUAAGAACCUUUACAGAGUUGGCUUUGAGGGCAUGUCUGAUCUGAAGUGUGUCCAGGAUGCCAAAGGAGGUUCUUUCUACAGAGAUCACUGCCCUGUGCUAGGUGAGCAGAAUGGCAACAGGAAUCCUGGUGGGUUGCAGAUUGGUGACCUGGUAAAUAUAGAUCUUGACCUAGAAAUUGUACAGUCUUUGCAGCAUGGUCAUGGAGGAUGGACUGAUGGCAUGUUUGAGACUUUAACUACAACUGGAACUGUUUGUGGAAUUGAUGAAGAUCAUGACAUUGUAGUACAGUAUCCAAGUGGCAAUAGGUGGACCUUUAACCCUGCUGUUCUCACAAAAGCAAACAUUGUCCGAAGUGGGGAUGCUGCUCAAGGUGCAGAAGGAGGUACUUCACAGUUUCAAGUGGGUGAUCUUGUACAAGUUUGUUAUGAUCUGGAAAGAAUUAAACUUCUGCAGAGAGGACAUGGAGAAUGGGCUGAAGCUAUGCUCCCAACUUUAGGUAAAGUUGGACGAGUACAACAGAUUUAUUCAGACAGCGAUUUAAAGGUGGAAGUUUGUGGCACAUCUUGGACAUACAAUCCAGCCGCAGUUUCUAAGGUGGCAUCUGCAGGAUCAGCCAUUAGCAAUGCAUCUGGUGAAAGACUCUCCCAACUCUUGAAGAAAUUAUUUGAAACCCAAGAAUCUGGUGACCUCAAUGAAGAAUUAGUUAAGGCUGCUGCCAAUGGAGAUGUUGCUAAAGUGGAAGAUUUGCUAAAAAGACCAGAUGUGGAUGUAAAUGGACAAUGUGCUGGCCACACAGCUCUGCAAGCUGCUAGUCAGAAUGGACAUGUUGACAUUUUAAAGUUACUUUUGAAACAAAAUGUGGAUGUAGAGGCAGAGGACAAAGAUGGAGAUAGAGCCGUUCACCAUGCGGCUUUUGGAGAUGAAGGUGCUGUUAUAGAAGUACUACAUCGAGGUGGUGCUGAUUUGAAUGCUCGCAACAAACGCCGACAGACACCACUUCAUAUUGCUGUCAAUAAAGGUCAUCUUCAAGUUGUGAAGACUUUGUUGGACUUUGGUUGUCAUCCCAGUCUUCAGGAUUCUGAAGGUGAUACCCCUCUUCAUGAUGCAAUAAGUAAGAAACGUGAUGAUAUCCUGGCAGUCCUUCUGGAAGCUGGAGCAGAUGUUACCAUUACAAACAAUAAUGGGUUUAAUGCUCUGCACCAUGCUGCACUAAGGGGCAAUCCCAGUGCAAUGCGUGUUUUACUAUCUAAAUUACCAAGACCAUGGAUUGUGGAUGAGAAGAAAGAUGAUGGUUAUACUGCCUUGCAUUUGGCUGCCCUUAAUAAUCAUGUGGAAGUGGCUGAAUUGUUGGUACAUCAGGGUAAUGCAAACCUGGAUAUCCAGAAUGUGAAUCAACAGACGGCCCUCCACCUUGCUGUUGAACGACAGCACACCCAGAUUGUUAGGCUUUUGGUCCGUGCAGGUGCCAAAUUAGAUAUUCAGGAUAAGGAUGGAGAUACUCCUUUGCAUGAAGCUCUAAGGCAUCACACCUUGUCUCAGCUACGUCAGCUCCAAGAUAUGCAAGAUGUGGGGAAGGUCGAUGCUGCCUGGGAGCCAUCCAAAAACACAUUAAUAAUGGGACUUGGUACCCAGGGGGCAGAGAAAAAGAGUGCAGCAUCCAUUGCUUGUUUCUUGGCUGCUAAUGGUGCUGACCUUAGCAUUCGAAAUAAGAAGGGUCAAUCACCACUUGAUCUCUGUCCUGAUCCAAGUCUCUGCAAAGCAUUGGCAAAAUGUCAUAAAGAAAAAGUCAGUGGUCAAGUGGGUUCUCGAAGUCCUUCUAUGAUUAGUAAUGAUUCUGAAACCUUAGAAGAGUGUAUGGUGUGCUCAGAUAUGAAGAGAGAUACUCUUUUUGGCCCAUGUGGACAUAUUGCUACCUGUUCUUUAUGUUCUCCGCGAGUCAAGAAAUGCCUCAUCUGUAAAGAACAAGUUCAAUCCAGGACAAAGAUUGAAGAAUGUGUGGUAUGCUCAGACAAGAAAGCAGCUGUUCUUUUUCAACCAUGUGGACACAUGUGUGCUUGUGAGAACUGUGCUAACCUGAUGAAAAAGUGUGUGCAAUGUCGGGCAGUGGUUGAACGAAGAGUGCCUUUCAUUAUGUGUUGUGGAGGGAAAAGUUCAGAAGAUGCCACUGACGAUAUCUCAAGUGGAAACAUCCCAGUGUUACAAAAGGACAAGGAUAAUACCAAUGUCAAUGCAGAUGUGCAGAAAUUGCAGCAGCAGUUACAGGACAUUAAAGAGCAGACAAUGUGCCCUGUGUGUUUGGAUCGUCUAAAGAAUAUGAUUUUCCUCUGUGGCCAUGGAACAUGCCAGCUCUGCGGAGACCGAAUGAGUGAAUGUCCCAUUUGUCGCAAGGCUAUUGAACGAAGGAUCCUUUUGUAUUAACGAGAAACUCAGUGUGUUUUGUUAGCUAAGGUAUUUGGUCAUGAGAUCUUAGUAAGCUUUUAAGCUAGUUGGAGGUUCUAAUGAAUUAAUUUUUAAUAUUAUAGUUUCUUUACUAGACUCUAAUUAGACUGUAAAUGUACCAGAACAAAAACUAUAAACCAGUGUUUGAAGUUGUGUUUUUUUUCCCUUUUGGUUGUUUAUGUUUGUUUGUUUGUUUGUUUUAAUUUGAAAUAUCAAAUCCAUGUACUUCAUAGGUAAUUUACUAUUGGCUAAGGGGAAAAUGUACCAAGGAGGAAAAUCCUUUAAAGAUCUCCUGUUACAGAUUUGUUAGACUUCAGAAGAUAGACUUCCUUAUAAUCUACUAUCCUUUAUCAUGAUUUUAUACAGUGAGUUGACACAGGUACUCAGAAAAGUUAUUUAUCAAAUGAAAGGGGCAAGUCAAACCAUUCUGUCACAUAUAUUAAAGGAAUAUUGAAGAGAGAAUUCUUUUUAAAAUAACAAAGUUAUCCAAAUGAUUGUUUCUGAAUUCUUAGAGAAAAUGGAAGCAUAGAGUGAGAAAAUAAUGGCUUUGCAGUUAGCUCAUUUUCUAGAUUUGAAAAGAAAAGGAAACUUGAAUCCAGUUGCCAAUUUCAAAAUGGCUGGUACACAUGAAAAGGAAAAAUUAUAGUGGGAAACUCAAGGGAGGAAAACUGUUCAGGCAAAGAGUAUCCAUUAACUGCUAUUAAUGGUUGCCUUUCUUAUAUUAAUUUAUACACUGUUUUGUUCAGCCAGCCUUUAAAGAAAUGCCUAUGAAAAGUGUGCCUUGGUUUCCCUUAGGGUUACUUAUCCAAGCUUGAUCUUUCUAGUGAAGUGAUAGUCUCCUAAUUGGCCUCUGAGGUUUGAUUCAGCCUUUUUAAUGUACUGAAUAGUAGUACUCCAGUGAUCUGAGGACAAUGCAUUGUCUAAAGUCAGCAAUCCUUUCUUCUCCACAUCUGUUCAUUCUGACAAUGAUACUGAUGCUAGGCCUUGCUUCCAUUCUCUCAGAUAGUAAGGCUUACUAUAAAGAAAACAGUCUCUCUUCAUACCUACAGAUGAGAAUAUUAAACUGUCAACAAUAUCCAAGACAUAGUAAAUAACCUACAAAUAAAUACUUACAUUACAAAAAGUGACUUGGACAUUUACAGAAAUGUAUUCGAUUACCUGUAAAUUUCUUUUAACUCAAACUUAGACUUUAGUCAAAUCAUUUUCUCUCCUUUGAAUGAGUAAUCUUAUUUAGGAUGAAUAUGCACAUAAAUGUUUUGGGGUUUAUUGCUGCUAAGUUAUUAAGAUAUCAGCUGUUUAUGAUAGUGUCUACUAUAUGCUGUGUAUAAGCUUAUUCCUGAGGGUAGUUAUCUUUUCUGUAGUUUUUCCCCUCUGAAUCUGAUUAAGUCAGUUUUUCUGCUACAGAAACUUUGAAAGUACAAAGUCUUUAGCCCUCAAAGCAUCAUAUUUCUGACUAUUUAAUGGCUGCUGCCAUUGCAAGUCCUGGAGGAAACAAUGGUGAACUUUACUGGCUGAUUUUAUAGUCUUGAUAAUUUCAUAUCUGUGUUUAGCUGAGUAACAUCAUUUAGAAUGAAAAUUUUUUUUUAUAAAUUUACAUUUGAAACUUUAUUGAUUCUACUCAGUUAUCUAAUAAAGGGCCAAUAAGGCUAUUUUUAAGCCAUAUUUUGAAGUUAUAAAAAGAAUAUCUGACUGAUGAUGUUCACCUAAAGAGAAGCUAUGCUCUUUCAGAUAUGAAAACAGCAUACGUCAGGAUUUUCCUUUUCUCCUAUGCCACCCAUCUCUUUUCCAGUAGAUCGAUCAGCUGGUAAGGAGGGGGCACCUGGCUGACUCAUGCUUAGUUUGGCCAACCAGAGGAUUUUAUGGUCUCGAGCUCUACUUAAAUCCUUUUUAUUUGUCUUCUGAGCUGCAUUGCUAAAACAUAUAUUCCUAAAAGGCAAUUUCAUCUUCCAGACUUGUUUAUUUCUGACAUAUUAAAAAUAUAAUAACUUGUAGACUAUAGCAAAAGUUAUAAAGUCAACUAUAAUUACAGUGCUAUGCACUAGUGGAUUUUCUGUAUUUUUAUCACUUUGAAAUU